AUGGCCAUCAUCAAGGCUACUAUGUUGCUCGCCGCGCUCAUUCCCAGCGUCUGGGGGACCACCAUCUUCCUUGCCGGCGAUUCAACCAUGGCCAAAGGAGGUGGCGGCAGCGGCACUGACGUCACCGUAUCCAACCAAGCCAUCGGUGGCCGAAGUGCCCGAUCCUACACUCGCGAAGGACGCUUCAAAACCAUCGCCAACCAGGUCCAGGCCGGCGAUUGGGUGAUCAUCGAGUUCGGACACAACGACGGCGGCAGUCUCAGCCAAAGCGACAACGGCCGCACUGACUGCGGCGGAACGGGCGACGAAACUUGCACCUCCAAUUACAACGGUGUCACCGAGACCAUCCUCACGUUUCCCAAGUACCUGGAGAACGCGGCCAAGACGUUCAAGUCCAAGGGUGCCAACGUGAUCAUCUCUAGCCAGACUCCAAAUAAUGUCUGGGAGGGUGGUUCAUACGUGUACGCUCCGUCUCGGUUCGUGGGCUAUGCCAAGCUGGCGGCUGAGACUGCGGGCGUGCAUUAUAUUGAUCACGGUGCUUACGUGGCGGAUAUUUACAGGACCAAGGGUAAUAGUGCGGUCAAUGCCUACUACCCUAAUGAUCAUACCCAUACCAGUCCGGCCGGCGCCUCGGUUGUUGCUCAGGCAUUCUUCAAAGCGGUUGUGUGUGGUAGGCCUGGUUUGGAGAAGCUUUUGAAGAGGCAGAGUUUUGAGGGCAGAUGUCUGUGA